AUGAUAGGAAAUGUUAUAAAUUUGGGGGAUUAUGUAGUAAUAAGGGAGGUAACAGGUUCACAAAAACUGAUCCAUAUAAAGGAAAAUAGUCAAAACUUUUUCUUGGGAAAAUAUAGUAUUAAGGGCUCAGAUAUUAUAGGUAAAAGCUACUAUAGUACGUUGAGUUUGGAAGAUGGAAGAUGGGUAAUUGGUUCAAUCUUGAAUAGUGAGGAAAUACUAAAAGAUAUAUUGAAUACAGAAACUCUCACCGAGAAUAAUCAAGCAGAUGAAGAACAAAGCUUAAAUUCAGUUCAAGAAUUUAAAAGGAAAAGGACAAGAUAUAACCAGCUUUUAGGUAGAGAGGUGGAGGUAGAUUCUGAUGAUUCAAAUCAUGAAAAUGAACCUUUAGAUGAACGGGAUGAAUUAGAAAAAGUAAAAAGAAAGAGAAAUGAGAUUUUAUUGUUAAACAAGGCAAAUGAUAGUAAUUUGAUUAGGUCAUUGGCGUUAUCAAGCAGCUCGUUUAAAAAUAAGACUAACUUUUCUAAGGAAAAAUAUAUUAAGAAAUUGCAGUUAAGGUACUUGAAACAUAUUACAUUGCUUCCAUGUACACUAUUGAAUAUUAUAGAAACUUCAAGUUGUCAACCAAAAAUUCGUUCUGACAAGUUAAGCCCAAAUUCAGUUGGCCCAAGAUGGGGCCAGUGUACUGUUAGGAUUGAGACAAUAGGAAAUAUACUAACUCACGGUAAUGUUUUUUCUGAAAGUAAAGUACUAUUAUAUGAUAAUUUGAGUAAUGGUGUAGUUGGAGGAUCAAUAUAUCGUCAGCUAUGCAAUAUUGGAAGUUUGUACGAAAUUUCUAUGAACAGAUUAACUUUUGAUACUUUUGAUGGGUAUUUCCAUGGUAAGCUACCGAUUAAUUUUGAGGCUAUAGUUAAUGAUAGAAAAACAAAAACACAUUAUCAUACAAUUCCAAUUUCAGCACUUGAAAUAUUUUACAAGGAAAUGGAGAAGUUACCUGAUGAAUUAUUUGAGCAAGAUCAAGAUCUUUUAAUUGAAAAACUAGAUAUACAACAUGAAUGGCUUAAUUACAAAAUUAACACGCAUUCAAAAGGGGAUUUGAGCGAUGAAAAAUCUCAGAACAAAAAAAAAAGAGUUUAUAAUAGAAUUAGUAUUCUUGAAAACUUAUAUUCAGAAGGAGUAGAUACAGUUAUUCUAGUAAUUGAUCAGGUUAAAUGGCAAACAACUACCAAUUUACAAAAUGACAAAAAGCAAAAUUCUAUUGGAAAUGGCGAUAAAGGUAACAAUAAUAUUAAUAAUAAUGAGAAAAAGGUUCAUGAAGAUAAUGAUGAAUUUAGUCAUACUUCAUACGAAAAAACAAUGUAUUUUGAUAUGGAAAAGAUGAUACAAGUUACCCAAGAAUAUCUCAAACCUGGAGGCAAGCUUCUCAUUUUUACUCCUUUCAUGACAACGGAGCUACUCCAAAUACAUCAAGACUUAUCUCUUUCGACAAGAGUUGAAAAUUCAAAAUUCCACCCUUUUAUUGGUAUUAAGCUUGAAGAAACUUUUAUUAGAGAGCACCAAAUUAUUGACCAGAGGACUCACCCUACAAUGGAUGCAAAUCUUCCCAUUUUUUCAGGUUUUCUUCUCUCUGCGAUUCACAUUUCAUAG